AUGCCUGGAACUGUGGCUGAAAUGGCUUCGAAAAUGAUCCAAUAUGUCAACAAAAAUAUCCAGGAACAGAAGCCGGCUCUUGACUGCCAAACUGCUUCUUCUCAAAAUUCGAAGUCAGUUCACAGACCCCGAACAUUACUUCAGCGGACCCCGACAUGCUACGUGGACCCAGGUCGGGAGCCUCAGCCUAGCUUCAGCCUAAACCAGUUUGAUCCGUGUCAUGCGUAUGCCACUCCUAAUAUGCUUAUUGGCUGUUUACAAAGUGCAUCAGGUUCUUUGCAAUUAGAAAUCCUUGCCUGGUUCCCCGAAUUCCCUUUUUCGGAUAUUAUGCCUCUUUCCGUGAUAAAGGAACCGUCACUCAAAGCCACUCUCCGGCGCAGGCAUAAACAAAAGAGCGGCGAGUCUUCCCCGUCAUCGCCUUCUGACUCGCGGGCUUCGACUCCCCCGGGGUACCACAGCCCCACCGGGUACCAGACAUCGGCGCCGUCCACGCCCGACGGCUCGCCCAAGCAACGCCGCAAGAAGUUCUUCCCCGCGAAGGCCGCCGCUACAGGAGCCCCGAAGGAGGCAGCUCUCAGGGCCAGGAUGGCGGAGGUGACGAUGGAGGUCGCCCAGCGGGGCAAGACGCCGUGGCCGCCGCGGCAGGAAGCCCCCAGCCAACGCGCGGUGCCGCCCUGGGCCGAGCCUGACGCACAGCCGCCGCCGCUGCCGUCGGCCGUGUACGCCACCAUCGCGGCGCCGCCCUCGCGCCGCACCGCCACCAAGCCCGCGGGCCCCACGAGCACCGUGACGGAGCCGCAGCCGAAGCCCGUCCACUUCAACCGGCCGUCGCCCGGCGCCAGCCCCGUCGCUCCUCGGAAGUCCCUCUUCGGCACCAACCUGUCCCGCAGGGCGCUCUCGUCGGAGUCCCUCGCGCGCCCGCUGCCUUGGGCCGACCAGAUGAGGUCCAGGACCGACUCGCCGUCCAGGGCGCCGCGCACGACACUGGCGACAGGCACCUCGCCCUCGGAGCCUCACAAGGGCCGCCGCUCAGAGUCCCUCGGCCAGCUGAAUCAGAAAGCGUCCGACGCACCGGCGAGGGGCGUCGGCCCGAAUACGAGCGAAGGGCGUGCCGCUGGCCCUACUCACCAGCCCGCCAGCGAGGGCACGGACGGGCAGGGUGCCAGUGCAGGUCAGGGCGUCGGGCAGCAAGGCGCACCCGCACAGACCUCCGGAGGCUCCGCUCGCACCACGGUCGUCAAACAGGAGGCCUCGCACUUCGAGCAGCACACCGUGACAAUGGUCAGUGUCAAGAGCGAGGCGGAGAGCAAGUCCGUUGUCGCUGCCGGCGCCGCGGCUGCCGCGUCGGAGCCGGGAUCCCCAACACCCUGGCGGAAGGCGAGGCCUGCGGCCGAACCGGCUGGCAAAGCAGCUCCUACGCAGCCACAUCAGCAACAACAGCAGCAGCAGCAGCAGCAGCAGCAGCAGCAGCAGCAGCAGCAGCAGCAGCAGCAACAACAACAACUUAAGCAACAACAGAAACCACAACAGCAACAACAGAAACGCGAAGGCAGAGGUGAGUGCAGCCUCAGACCGCGAAGGCCCACCGUCUGUGGCUCCGAAAGGGGCCGAGCCCCUUCAGCAGGCACCGUGGAGGAGGCCGUCGGUGCAGCAGGACAAGGAAAAGGAAGUCAGCGCUGCAGAGUCAGCUAA